AUGGCCCCGCGAACCGUUCCUAUCCUUACGCCAACCAUCCAGAUGUCGGGUCCCGACAGCGAGCCCAUGGAUAUCACUACUCCUACCAACUCAUCCGCGCCUGCCUCUGCCACAAAGAGUCCCGAUAGGGAGAGGGACCGAGACGUCAAUGGCACCCCUGCCCGGUCAGAAGGUCAAGGGGCAAGCAGCUCCAUGACGAUGCCUGCGCCAACGGCGGCGGCGGCGGCGGUCCACGGCCCCAAGAUCGUUCAGACAGCUUUCAUACACAAGCUAUAUAAUAUGCUCGAGGACACAAACAUAGCCCAUCUCAUAUCAUGGUCAGGCACAGAAGAGAGUUUUGUCAUGUCGCCGACCUCGGAAUUCUCCAAGGUGCUUGCUCAAUACUUUAAACACACCAACAUCUCUUCAUUCGUCCGCCAGCUUAACAUGUAUGGCUUUCACAAGGUGAGCGACGUGUUCCACAACGGCAGCCCCGAGCAUCCCUUGUGGGAGUUCAAGCACGGGAACAACAGUUUCAAGAGGGGCGACUUGGUCGGACUGCGAGAGAUCAAACGGCGCGCUUCUCGCCACGCUCUAGUCACGCAAAAGGCACCGCCGUCACAGCCUGGGACGCCUGCCGAGCCGAUGCAGCCCAUACCAGACGGUGGUGACCCUAGGCUUUUCAACAUCGAGCGAAGCGUACAAGACCUUUACGCAAGACUUGAUCGUUCCGAAUCGAAUGCACAUUACAUGCAGAUCAAACAUCAGGCACUGCUCGACUCUGUCAACCGGCUUUUGUCUUUUAAUCAAGAACAGUCGCGGAUUCUGAUGAACUUGGUGUCACCUGAAAACCCUAUUCACAGAGAUGCCCUCGCAUUACGGGGAGACAUACAGCGUCAGGUUGAAAUCAUUCGUGGUCUGGAAGAUCCUCACGAAGCACCGUACUCAACCGGCCGUGCAUAUCUCGGUAAUGUGGAGAAUGCCCCGGUAUCGCCCCGGCAGUUGCCUCAGGACGAUCAGCGAAGGUCAAGCCUUGCUCCACCAGGCCAGACCCGUGCGCCGUACGAUUACCGGCCCUCAGUCCCGUCCAACCUUUCCAUUUCCACUCGCCGGCCGUAUGGCUCGAUUGGCGGAAGCACAAUGAACCAGACAUCUACUCCGACGGCGCAAUCUCCAUCUACUCUACGUCCACAAGCCCCUCCUCCACCCCCGGCGGCGCCUCACCCACUCGCCAAUGUAGAACACCCCGGGAGCCUCGCACGACGACAUACCUCAGCAGAUAUACGCGCUCAUGGAUGGCAGCCUCAGCCGCCACCCUUUUCCUCGGGCCCACCUUCUAGUCACCUUCCGUCUUCACCCAGUCACCUUGGCCCACCCGACGAGCGUCGUGAAUCGUUCUCACAAUACCCCUUCCCGACAACUCUACAGUCUCACUCUCGGCCAUCUAGCCCACCACCUCCACAGCCCAACUUUUCGAACGGUGAUGGUUUUGAGAAGCUCAGGAACUGGGAGUGGGGCUCAGCAACACAGAGUCGAAGGAGUAUCUUCCACGACAGCUCAGCUCCACCAACUCGACGCGGAAGCAUGGCUCACAUUCUAAACGACGAUGCGGAUGACCUCCGAGGAGACGAUGACCGCAAACGAAAGCGCCUGGCAUAA